CAGACACUUCCUUGACUGGACAUCUGGACCAUGGACAGGGAUCUGAGUGACGACAGUAUGGUAGACCUCAGUUUCGAGGCUGACAGUCCUCUGGCGCCCCCGGCAGAACUCCUAGAGACGCUGCCCAGCUGUGACUGGGUCCUUCAAGGGGACAGACACCAGAUAUUUUUCCCACCUUCAGAGACCGCAGGGAGACCCCAGGAACAAAGAUGCUGGUCCUCAUUUCUGGAACACAGAGUCCCCGUGGUGACAGAAGAGGUGGCCCGGGAAGCCCUCCUCAGCUUCGUGAACUCUAAAUGCUGUUACGGCAGCGCAGCCGCCGGUGACCUCGUCAUCCUGGAGCUGAAGCAGCAGAACCUGUGCCGGUAUCGAUUGGAGACCUUCAGUGAAUCCAGGAUAAGUGAAUGGACUUUUCAGCCCUUUACCAAUCACUCCGUGGAUGGGCCACAAAGAGGAACCUCCCCCAGGCUCUGGGACAUCAAGGUCCAGGUUCCCCCAAUGUUUCAGGAAGACACUAGGAGGUUCCAAGUCCCUCACUCGUCAUUGGUCAAGGAAUGCCACAAAUGCCACGGGCGUGGACGCUACAGGUGCAGUGGCUGCCACGGGGCUGGCAUGGCUCGGUGCUCCUCCUGCAGUGGCGCCAAGCGCAAAGCCAAGUCCGCCCGGCGGUGUCAGAUGUGCUCGGGGUCUGGCAGGCGGAGAUGCAGCACGUGCUCUGGGAGGGGGAACAAGACCUGUGCCACCUGUAAGGGCGAGAAGAAGCUGCUGCACUUCGUCCAGCUGGUCAUCGCGUGGAAGAACAGCCUGUUUGAGUUUGUGUCUGAGCACCAGCUGGACUUCCCUGGGGAGCUGCUUGCUAAAGCCAGAGGAGAGACCCUCUUUAAGGAUGAAAACACAACGGUGUAUCCCAUUGUGGACUUCCCCCUGCGGGAGAUCUCUCUGGCCUCCAGGCGCGGCAUCUCAGAACACAGCGCCGCUCUGGCCUCCCGGGCCCGCGUCCUGCAGCAGCGCCAGACCCUGGAGCUGAUCCCCCUCACAGAAGUCCGUUACUGGUACCGAGGAAAGACUGACGCCUACUACAUCUAUGGCACCGACCACCAAGUGUAUGUGGUGGAUUACCCCGAGAGAUACUGCUGUGGCUGCACCAUCAUCUGACACCGCACAGCUGCCC